AAAAAAAAGUGAAAGUGAUCCCUGGGAAUUAAAGGUCUAUCAGGCAGUGGUGUAAUGAUGUCACUCUGCUCUGUAUAAAGCCAGCCUUGCCUGCAUUUGAGAAGGUCAUUAUAUAAUUCUGGUACAAGCGAGCAAAGACUUUCCAAUGGACUUGCACAGAACAGCUUUCAAGAUGGAGAAUUCUUCCUACCUCCCCAACCCCCUGGCAUCUCCAGCCUUGAUGGUCCUCGCCUCCACGGCAGAGGCGAGCCGAGAUGCCUCCAUCUCAUGCCAGCAACCCAGACCCUUUGGAGUACCUGUCUCGGUGGACAAAGAUGUCCAUAUCCCCUUCACCAAUGGUUCCUACACCUUUGCCUCAAUGUACCAUCGUCAGAGUGGGGUGCCGGGGGCCUUCCCGAAUCGGGAUUUCCCCCCUCAGCUGUUGCACCUCCACCCCCAGUUCGCCCCGCCGAGCCUGGACUGUACCCCCAUCAGUAUGCUGAACCACAGCGGCGUGGGGGCAUUCCGGCCCUUCGCCUCCGCUGAAGACAGAGACAGUUACCAGUCCGCCUUCACACCCGCAAAGAGACUAAAGAACUGCCACGAAACCGAAUCUCCUCACCUGAGGUUUUCGGACACGGAGGGCAAGGAGUAUGAGUUCACCCCCCAACUCCCCUCCAGCUCCCCCGGCGCAUUAAAGCUGGACGACACUGGGAAAAAAGUCUUUGCUGUGUCGGGUCUCAUCUCCGACCGAGAAAACUCUGCGAGUCCGGAAGAAAGUCGGAAUGAGAGAUGUAAGAAGAAAACUCUGUAUGACAGCCAAGCUCCAAUAUGUCCAAUCUGUCAGGUACUGCUCCGUCCUAGUGAGCUGCAAGAUCACAUGGAUCAGGAGCUGGAAAAAAUCACGCAGAUCAAUCUAAGUAAACAUUCCACAUUAAAGGACAACAUCAUCCAGGGAACAGUAAAGUCCGUUCUGUUAUCAGCACCAAUCAAGAGGGAAGGAGAAUCUCCCACAGCGUCACCACUCUCUACCGAUGACAGUCACCAUUCAGACAGAUACCAGACGUUUUUGCGAGUGCGGUCCAACAGGCAGGCGAGGCUGAAUGCACGGAUAGGGAAAAACAAGAGGAAGAAGGUUUCAGAGGAUGGGCAGGUAUGUCCGCUGUGCAAUGCGGCACUCUCUGGAACAGUGGAAGAGAUGAGUAGGCAUGUGGAAGCCUGCCUGGAUAAGCGAGAUGGAUCCUAUACAAAUGAUGACGAGUCAGUGGAUAUGGAGAACGAGAGUGCAAGUGGGAACAGAUUUGAGGAGUACGAGUGGUGUGGGCAGAAGAGAAUACGGGCCACGACCUUAUUAGAAGGUGGAUUCCGAGGAUCCGGUUUCGUUACCUGCAGCAGUAAAGAGAAUCAUGACAGUGACGCAGAUCUUGACGUGGAUGGAGAUGACACCCUUGAAUAUGGGAAACCACAGUACACAGAGGCAGAUAUUAUACCUUGUACUGGCGAGGAACCAGGUGAAGCCAAAGAGCGGGAGGCGCUACGCGGUGCAGUUCUAAAUGGUGGAACUCCAAGCAAUCGAAUAACACCAGAGUUUUCCAAAUGGGCCAAUGAUGAAAUGCCCUCAACAAGUAAUGGAGAGAGCGGCAAACUAGAGGUGCAGACACAGAAGACGUGUAAAAACAGUGAGAUUGAAAAGAUAUCGGAGGAUGCCACCGUAACGACAAUCGAAGCGUUGAAAGCCCGUAUCCGUGAAUUGGAACGACAGCUGUCUCGUGGGGAUCGGUAUAAAUGUCUUAUUUGCAUGGUAUGUGUGGACUCUUACUCGAUGCCCCUCACAUCAAUUCAGUGUUGGCACGUCCACUGUGAGGAAUGCUGGCUGAGGACACUGCAUUGGAAACUGGCAGACAAUCUUUCCCGAUGUUAUAUGAUAGACGGGGGCGGAUCCAGGAUUUGGGGAAUGAGGGGGCAGAGUCUGACUUCAAAAGGGCUGGGCGCAAAGAAACUCUGUCCACAGUGCAACACCAUCACAUCCCCUGGAGACCUGAGACGUGUGUAUUUGUGAAGGGCUAGGGGUGGGGGAGUGGUGGGGGGGGUUGGGGGAGGCCCGCCAUCUUGAGGCCUAGCUAGUUGCAAAGCCUCCCAACAGGAAGUGAAACAAGAGCUCUUCACGAACACUUGUGGUGGCACCAAAUAAAAGCCUCCAGAUAUUCCAUUUUGCUUUUCUGUUUUAAGUGUGUGAAAGGAGAGAAACAGCCCAGCCGGGAGGAGAACCUGAUAAUAAGCUGUUCGUUGUAUUAAAAAAAAUGCACCCUGCCCCACCCCGCAUUUUAUCAGAUGAUUGACUGACGCCCAGAACUUGCACAAACUCCUAUGUAAACCUAUUGGCUGGAGCUGUGAUUACCAAGAGACCUUCUGGGCUGUGCAUUGUGAAUGGACUUGUACUGUGUUCUAUUGUGGUGUUAGUGACAAAAAACAAAACAAAAGAUGAAGCACAUGUAAUAUAAAUUAUGUAUGUUUACACCAUUGAUUGUGUAUAAAUGGAAUAGACUUAUGAACAGUGCAUAUUGAUAAGUCCCUAAUCGUUUUCAAAGAGAGAGAGAAAAAAACCGAAGUGAGGCACAUUAAACCCACAGUAUUUUUUACCCAGGCUGUCAGAUUUAAAUGUCUUUAGCUGUUGGUUAAAAAAAAUCUGGUUUAAUGAAUGAUUUGUGGUGUAUAUUUCUUCAUUCAAAUUCAAGUAACAGCUUCAGUAAUGGCUGUAGUAAUACCCAUAACUUAAAUACUAAAGAAUAUGGACAAGUUGGCUUGUCUUAGUUGUAACAAAUGGGCUAUUUGUUCUAGACGCCUGACCCAUUUAAAAUAUCAGGCAACCGCAGCAGCCUCCACCGGGGGGGAGAAUUAGCCCGAGGCCUACAUAGAGGCAGCGGCCAAUCCCAGGGGUGAGAGCUGUGUUAGUUCUUGUGGACCAGCAGUGUGCUGUGUGUCUGUUGUACCGGAAUAUGUAAUCAGUUAUAAUGUUUGUUAUUCAUGUGAAAAGUCCUGGACAUACUGAGGAACUGGAAGGUAGAUUUUUUGAAAGGGUGACGGUGUUUUGCAGGGAAACGCGGUGACUCUGCAAUUAACAGCUGACUGCAACACUUGAUGGCUCCACGCAAAGGAAAAGCUGGUUGAAUUGGCUAACGCCAACAACUCUGAAAGAAAUCCUCAGCAUUUACCAAUUGCAAAGAUGUGUACAGUCCACCCUCAUUAUAAGGCUCCCAGUUACAGUGCUGUGUUGUGUUAUAAGGUGGUUGGACUUUUUCUCCUGGUUCUCUUUCAUACCACAUUUAUGCUGUGUUCUGGGACAGUCACUGAAUGUGCACCUCUAACAUGGAAAAUGCUUAGCUUCCAAGGACUGCAUUAUAAGGAAGGUGGAGUACACUCAAUGGGCUAUUGCAGAUGAAUGCGAUCUGAGGAAAGACCUGAAAAUUACUGUAUCUCAGCGGUGUAACAAAGACAUUCAAUGCCCAAAAGUGGUAAUAAGGUGACCAUUAACCCUUUUGACGUAGAUUGGGUGUAGUUGCAAUCUCAGUUUUCUCUUGUUCCUUUAGUGGCUAGUUGCCAUUUUAAUGUUUCCAGUCAUCCCCUGAAUGCUGGACUUUUUAAUUUAUUUUUUUCACCACCGUUUGUGUAACAUGGUGUUUACUGGAGGUAUCCACAAACACACUGGUGUUUCCUAAUAAAAAGUUCAAAGUUCUUGCCGAAUAAAUUGUGGUUGUCUGUGCUAGUACAGAACCAAUUGUUGAUUUAAUUGUAAGGUGUAAACUCUCAAAUUACUCUCUGUAUGUUGCUUAUUAUAGGGAAUUGCUUUAAAAGAUAGAUUCACACAGCUUGUUCUCUUACACUAUUAAUGCAAUGCAAAAGGGUUCUUGACUGUUACCAUGCUAGAAGUCCAAGUGCUGGCACUCUCAAAAACUGCAAAUGCAUCUUCCUUGUUAAUCUGGCAUUGUGUGUCAGAGACGCACAACACUGUCCUGUCCGCAGUGGGUGAGAGUGUGGGUCAAUUGGGAUAGAAUGUCGUUCUGUCUUUGAUGCUUAACUAUCCUCAGUGAAAUGAGUUGCUGCUCUCAUCAGUUCCCAGUGGAAGCAAGUCCUCCGUUCAAAAGUGCCCACUCAACCAAUGUUGUUUUACAUUCCCCAACCACUCCUUUAAUUAUUUAGAACAUUCUGUUAAUCAACUAUUGAGAACUGUAUGUAAGUACCAGCUUUGGGAGAAAGAUAAGUCUUUACAAAAAAUUGUUCAUGUAAAAAGUUGUGGAUCUCAUACUGCGUAUGACUCAAGAUUAAUCACUUGGUUUUACAUCUCCUGAUAUUGAGCCAAAAUAAUGACAUUUGGGGUACAAUUGAAUUUUUAAUAAGUACACCUGCUUAUUUACACACUUGCUGUGUAAAAAUGUAUUGUGGGCAGAACACACACUAAAUUCUUGCCAAGUGCUUUAUUCCCCGGUGGAUGGAUUGAAUUCUAACUAUAGUAGUAAUCACCAUGUACAGUAGGACACAUUGAGUUAGGUUCUAAGCAUGCUUGGGCCUUUUGCUUUAGAGUACCUUUAUCAUAUGUUCUUCUACUUCAUGGAAUUCUUCCCUCAUAAAUUUCUCCUAUUCUCUUUGACUUCUGAGUGAAUGUACUUUUUAAGGGAACACAUCAUAAAAAGAGAUUUGGCCACAUUUUGUUCCUUUUUUUGUCUCAAAAGGCUGUUUUUUUUAAAAAAAUUAAUUAAUUUAUAUAACCGGCCUGUAAAUGUGCAGAUUGAUAAGAUGUAAUGGAUAAAGACUCAGCAAUGUACCCAGCUAGGUGUUUGUUUGAAAUAAGCCAACACGGUUUGAAGUUUGGCUGUUUGUGCUUUUUUCUUGAAACUCCUUGUAGGUUCUCCCUCAUUCACUAAAUCUGUUCUGCACCUUUUUGAGGUAGAGGGAGUGACGUGUGACUUCCUCCAGUGUAACUGAAGCUGCCCACCAGAAGAUGCACUAAAGUGAAGCAGGUACAAUUUUCCUCCAUGCAUCCCUGUCACAAGGCUCCUACAGCACUAUUUGUGGCUAUUUGUUCCAGACUCCCUGCCAUCAAAGGACAAUAUAACCGAACUAUUCAAAUCCUUCAGCAACUUGCCUCGCACUCCAUUCCUUAUCCAAUGCAAGUUGUUGUUGGUGUUUUUUAAAAAAAAAAUGUAUGAACUUUCAAUCGUCCUCAUGAAUUUUCAUCUAAUUUUGUUCUGGAGAGCUCGGGAGAACAGAUCACCCAAAGUGAGAGAGAGAGAGAGAUUCACACCUGAGGUUGAAGAUAUCUAUUGUGUUCAUUCCCGGAACAUGCUUUGUUUAAUUUCAUGCGAUAGUUCAAAAAUUUGGUGGCUGCUACAUGCAAAACAUAAUUUGUUUUCAAUCCCCAGAUGCUAUUUUGACUUUUACGGGACUAGCCUAAUAAAACUGACAUGGACGAGUGUGUUAGUGUUGCAUAAUACUAUAAAUGCAAGGAACAGGCUCACUACAGAAAGCAAUAGAAUUUUAUUCAACCUUGUGUUCCUUCCACAAUAUUGUUUACUACAUUCGUAUGUUUUUACUCAGUAAGAGUUUCUAUGGAUCUUUUCAGAAGUAAAUACCCUACAAUUAUAUGUGGUGUCACUGCUUAAAUCAUCCUAAAAUAUGACACUAUUCAGAUGGAAAGAUUUUUUUNAUAAGAAGUUGAUGUGGCACAUUGCCUUUUAAACCCCAAACACUCAUAUACUGAGCACUCUUCCAGACAAAAGGGUGAGCUGGUAAUAAUAAUAAUAAUAAUAAUUCUUGCAUUUGAGACAUAUUCAAGAUGUCUCAAAGCACCUCACAAAAUAUACUGUCAAAUGAAUUGACUAUUUUGUGCGCGAAUCUGCAGCAGACCUCUCAUCCAGUCUUAUUUGAGUUGGAAGUACAACCUUUCCCUCUCCCCUCCCCAUGAUGUUCUCAGCACCAUGGUUGGACACUACACUCAAAAUUGCACUCAGUUGAGUGUAUCCUUGAUUCCCUGGCCUUUGUGCCAUCUAUAUAGCUGAGACCUCAUCCCAAACCCUGAUACAACACCAGGGGAUCAAGCUCACAUGCCACACCACCUGGCUUUCUCUUGCCUGGAUACACACAGCUUAUGUCAAAGGUAGACCUUGGAUUGCUUCUUAGUCUUGUGUUCUCACACUGUCCAUCAGCAACAAUUCAUCUAACCCCAUCACUCUCGAGUUGAUAGUUGAACCAAAACAACAUUUUGAAGCGUAAUAAACAAAAAAAUGGACGGUUUGUAGAAGACUUGACCAGAGUAUCAAAUGGCUAUUUUAAAAAUAUUUUCACCCCAUUGAUUGUUUUAAGAUUGUUCUAAAAUGUCAAAUAUGCCUUUAUAGCUGCAGUCUUUCCUCCACAUUAUCAACCUUGAUUGCACUGAUAUUGGACUCAUUAACAUUCAGCCCACUGGCUGCCGAUAAAGGUGGAUACAGUUCUACCCUCUUCUUUUUUUCAUGUUCCCUCACUCGCUUCCCCUCCCUCAUACCAAAUACUAGCACAGUUCCUCAGGUAAAUUAUUCUAUUGAUUAAGUAGGUGGAAAAUUAUUGACUUUAAUAAACAGGGUCAAAAAGACAGGAACCUUACAUGAUAUGGUAAAACAGUACAAAAUUUCCCCCAUUUGUUGUAAUCCAUGAAGCCCAUGACACAAAGCCGCUAAUGGAUUUUGUCACACCAAGUCAUCGUCAGUGUGCUGAUGUUUGAUUUGCUGUCCCACUUUUCCUUCUGUGGCGAAUUAGUUGCAUUGUUUUGCACCUCCAUCCAAAAUGGAGACAAAGGAAUGAGUUAAAUCAGAAAGCUCACAGUAGGGAGAUCCCAUCACUUCCACUUACUUAACGGACCGCUCAGUCAGCUACAUUUCUGCUCUGUCUCAAUAUCAGUGAGUUUAGAUACUCUUGACUCGAGGUUUGAUUUGGAUUCUUUUUGUUUAAACGGGGCCCGGAGUGAACCCGCCUCCCGUUUUAAAUGAGGGCGUUGGCCAGUGGUGGUGCGUGCGGUGAGGGUCGUGAGAUGGUCACCCGUAAAGUAUGAGGAUUCCAAAGACUUUACAAUAUAAAAAACAAAGCGCGGAACAAACAAAAAUGAGGCCAAAGAUGUAACAAAUUAAAGCAGCAUUUUAUGAGCGCUUCCUCCGCUUGUUAAACAGUUAAACAGUAGGACUGCAUUGUGGGUAAGAAAAGGCUACUGUACGGUUGAGUGAUUUAACCAUCUCUGUCUGGUUUGCGAUGUAAAGUUUAUGCAUUCUGUGCUUGACGUUGGCAUAGACCGAAAGCCUUUUAUUGUAGAAUUUGCGCUUUGUGUCUCCGUGUGAAGCCUGUACCUUAAAGUAUUGGAUUUCUGAGUCUUGCUGUUGAAAUACUUGUAAAGAAAAUAAUAAAUUUUUUNGUAACUCACAAUA